GUCUGACACAAAUGCAAGUUACCUGAGAGCUGCUCGAGCUGGCAACUUGGAAAAGGCUCUCGACUACUUAAAAAAUGGAGUGGACAUCAACAUUUCAAAUCAGAAUGGGUUGAAUGCUCUCCAUCUCGCUUCCAAAGAAGGGCAUGUAGAAGUUGUCUCUGAACUGAUACAGCGAGGUGCCAGUGUGGAUGCAGCGACAAAGAAAGGAAACACAGCAUUGCACAUAGCAUCCCUAGCAGGACAAGCAGAAGUAGUGAAAGUGUUGGUUACAAAUCGGGCCAAUGUCAACGCACAGUCUCAGAAUGGUUUCACUCCACUGUAUAUGGCAGCCCAAGAAAAUCACCUGGAGGUUGUUAAGUUUCUUCUUGACAAUGGUGCCAGUCAGAGCCUUGCCACAGAGGACGGUUUCACGCCUCUGGCAGUAGCUUUGCAGCAAGGUCACGACCAGGUGGUUUCACUGCUGCUUGAAAAUGACACGAAGGGAAAAGUCCGUCUGCCCGCCCUCCACAUCGCUGCUCGCAAGGACGAUACCAAGGCAGCAGCUCUGCUCCUGCAGAACGACCACAACGCUGACGUGGAGUCAAAGAGUGGGUUCACUCCCCUCCACAUAGCUGCUCACUAUGGAAAUAUCAAUGUAGCUACAUUGCUGUUAAAUCGGGGUGCUGCUGUGGACUUCACUGCAAGG